AGAAAGGAACUUUGCGUUACUGGUCCAAAUGUUUGAACUGUCAGAUGAGGAAAUAAAAAGUUGUGAAAGUUAUUCUUUUGACAUUAAGAUGACAGUAAAUAUAGGCCUGUUGGAAAUUUUCCGUCCAAAUUUUCUCGCAAUUUCGUAACUCCGUUAACCUCAAGAAGUGGUUGAAAUGGGAACUCCUUACGACAUCAAAACAUAAGCCAGCGAACAACUAAAUAAGAUGGAACGUGUCUACCAGGCGGUGUUGUCUUGAUGGAGUCAAUCUCCGUAUGAAUGUCGUAAAAACGAAAUAAAAGUAAUCACAACGCCCAGUCCCCAACUCUUUACUCGCGUAUUCAGCGCUAACCAAUCAAAUCACUCCGCGCGCUUAAAGAAUUCAUCUCUAUUGUUACGUCUAGAGCGCGGGGAAAAUCUCAUUCGCAAAGACGCCACUUUAGCGAGAAGACCUUCUUUUUGAAGCUGCGCGAUAAAGAGGUUUUUAGACGAAGAGUUUCCGUGGUAUAAUCGAAACAAUGUUGUACAAAGUUAUCACUUGUUUCGUACUUGUGUUUUCAUAUCCAAUAUGUUUGCUGCUGAGUAACCAUGCGGCAACGGUGCAAGCCUACAAGGCAAAAGGUAUCAUACCUCCCUUCUCAAAUCGAGCAUUCCACAUCGGCGUGUGGUUAUUUGUUCUGUGGUACUUGUAUCUUUUCCUCCAGUAUUGCUUCGCAUUUUAUAAGCAGUGCAAAAUUCGUUACUCUCCUGGCUGGUCCGUAAAGGCGGAGAGAAUGGGGCGCAGUGUUUGCCUCGCUCCCGAACUGUCUUACAUCGAUAGCAGUCGCCAGUUCUGCCUUGAAAUUGUCAGUCAAGUCAACAGCGAACGAGCCGAACAAAUUCCUGAGUCAAAGUCAGCAACAGUGUCUCAUCCCCAGAUCUGUGCUCAAAAUGAAUCAAACCGUGCCCACGUCACCUUCACGCCGUUCAAACCCCUGAGCAUGACUAACAAGGGUGUGUCCCAUGUCCACGGUUUGAUCAACCUGUUACUUGUUAAGAGACAAAGACGGGAUUUUCUUGGACCCAGGUCACCACUGUCUCCAUUUACGCUAACAGGUCCUCUGAACCACUUCCCUUCGUGCAACACCGUGAUGGACCUGGCACUAACACAGCGCCGAAGGCGAGAUUUCAUUGGUCCCAGGCCUUUUCUGAAUCACUUCCUGUUUGCAGGUGAUUGCAUUAAAAUGUUCUUUUUUGUGUAUGAAAAACGUACUUUUUGUAAAUACCUUUAAACGCCGAAGCCUUAGCACAGUACCUUAAGAGACAGUCUCAUGCUUAGAGAUUUCCUGGGGGAUCAAUUGAGCUUUUUUGUGCAGUUUCCCUUGUGCUAGAUUUGCAUUUUGCAGCAGCGUAAAAGAACGUAACACAAAAUAACGUAACGCAGCAUUACGUAACGCUUCAAGCUGUAAACGUCUGCGCCAUGUAUUAUUCGCACAACUAAAUAACAUUUUCUAUUCUCUUUCCAGAUGACGAUGCUCUUGAUUAGGACAAAUACGUUGAAGAUUCUGAAUUUGUGCUGACAGUUUUUUGUGAUUCUUACCUGGGUUCUGGGUUCAAAUCUUUGUAAAUUGAAAUUAAUAAACCUCUGCUUGUUACAAUACGUCUCUUUAUGAUUUUUAGCUGCUUUGUUUUCAAUUCUUCGUCAUCUUCUUAUUAUAAAAAGAAGCAAACGAAACGCACGACGACUAUUCUGGAAGAAUCUUCAUCCAAUAUGCAAGGUUGAAGAGUUCCUCUGUGGUAAAGAAUAAUGUACUAUACUUUUUAGAUGUGAUCAAAAGUUUGGAAGCUU